AUGAAAAUUGAAGGUGAUCCAAAUGAAUAUGGUGUCUUUUCUACUAUCACCACAACCACUCAUCAUCUAUCUCAAGAAGACGAAUACCAAGUGUUUUUGAAUUUCAGAGGCUUUGACACUCGUCUCAACUUCACAGAUUUUCUAUACAUCUAUCUAGAAAACAACGGAGUUCGCACCUUUCGUGACAGUAACAAGCUUCACAUAGGAGAGAAGAUCGGCCCAAAGCUGCUCAAAUCAAUUAGAAAGUCAAAGAUCUCAAUCCCAAUAUUCUCCAAAAACUAUGCGUCCAGUAAAUGGUUCUACGAUGUCCAACCCUCGGAUCUGAAGGAUAAAGAUGGAAUUUACGCCAAGGCCUUACGCGAGCUCCAGGAAUCUGAGAGUUUGGAUGACGAAACUAUUGAGCAAUGGAAGGAGGCACUCAGAGUUGUUGCAGGUUUGAAGGGUAUGGACGUGGAGAAACAACCUGACGGCAGACAUGCCUUUGGAAGGAAGCUCCUUCCAGAAGAGUGUGAUAGUAUUUCUGAAGAGGUUGCAUCCACUGCUGCAGGGCUUCCUCUAGCUCUUGAACAUACAGGUUCAUUUUUGUCUGACAAGGAUCCUGCCAUAUGGCAAGAUAUAUUGAAAAAGUUGAAGAAAAAGCUGCACGACAAAGUCGAGAAAAGGUUCAGAGAGAGUUAUGAAGCAUUAAAUAAUGACCAAAAACAGAUUUUUCUUGAUAUUUCAUGUCUUUUUGAUGGGACAGAUAAGGCAACUGUAUUUUACGUGUGGGGUGAUUGUGGCUAUCAUCCAAAGAUAGAAUUUAAUGUUCUUAGUCUCCUCUUGUAA